CGGAUCCGCCUUCUUCUCUCCUCUCCUCCUCCUUCUCUUCCUCUGCUGACAUUGAUUGCCUUUCCCUCCUUCCUUCCUUCGUCCUUCCUCCUCUUCUUUUCCUCUCGUGGCCUCGCCUUUUUCCAGCUCCGGAUCAGCAGCCAAGAGAGCCAUGGCUUCCCUCAAGGACAAGCUCAUUACACCUAUUGCCCAGCCGGCAACCCAGCCCAUCAACAAGGUGACCAUCGUGGGAGUUGGCCAAGUUGGGAUGGCCUGUGCCAUCAGCGUCCUGGAAAAGGGUCUCUGCGAUGAACUUGCCCUGGUGGAUGUCCUGGAAGACAAGCUGAAAGGGGAAAUGAUGGAUCUGCAGCAUGGAAGCUUAUUUCUUAAAACGCACAAGAUCAUAGCAGGCAAAGAUUACGCUGUCACUUCUAAUUCUAAGGUGGUCGUGGUCACCGCUGGUGUCCGUCAGCAGGAAGGGGAAAGCCGCCUUGAUCUUGUCCAGAGGAACGUGAAUGUCUUCAAGUUCAUCAUCCCGCAGGUGGUGAAGUACAGUCCAGACUGCAUCAUCUUGGUUGUUUCGAACCCAGUGGAUAUCCUGACCUACGUUACAUGGAAACUGAGCGGACUCCCGAAGCAUCGCGUCAUUGGCAGCGGCUGCAACCUUGACUCUGCGCGAUUUCGCUUCCUGAUGGGGGAAAAGUUGGGCAUCCACCCCAGCAGCUGUCAUGGUUGGAUCUUGGGAGAACAUGGCGAUUCCAGUGUGGCUGUUUGGAGUGGUGUCAACGUGGCCGGGGUCUCCCUCCAGGAGCUAAACCCUGCGAUGGGAACUGACCAGGACCCAGAGGGCUGGAGGCAGGUCCACAAGCAGGUGGUUGACAGUGCCUAUGAAGUGAUCAAACUGAAGGGUUAUACCAACUGGGCCAUCGGCUUAAGUGUUGCCGACCUGCUAGAAACCAUCAUGAAGAACCUUUGCCGAGUUCAUCCAGUGUCCACCAUGGUCAAGGGGAUGUAUGGCAUUGAAAACGAAGUGUUCCUGAGCCUUCCUUGCGUCUUGGGGUCUGUUGGCUUGACCAGUGUGAUCAACCAAAAGCUGAAGGACAAUGAGGUGGCCCAGCUCCAGCAGAGCGCCACCACGUUGUGGAACGUCCAGAAGGACCUCAAAGACCUGUAGAGCAACCUAGGAACACGUCUGUUCUCUCCAGCCAGGAGAAGACCACCCCUGCCCACAGUUGAACCCUAAGCUUCUGAAGUGCGCUUUCCUCGUUUAAACUUCUAGCUGAGCUUCCAGUCAUCGUCCCCAGAUGGUGCAACUUGUUGUCCACCACAGCUAAGAUGUGUGCUACUUGUUCUUGCAGACUUGUUGAACAAAUAAAACCAGCUCUUUUGCGUGUGCUGUA